AUGCCUCCAAAAAACAAGAAACAAAAGGAGCUUGUACAAGAUGAGCGGUUCCAGGCUGUUGUACUCACAGACUGCUUCGAAACUCGUUUCAUGCCCCUCACUGCCAUCAAGCCAAGAUGCCUUCUUCCCCUUGCAAAUGUUCCUUUAAUCGAGUACACUUUGGAGUUUUUAGCAAGAGCAGAGGUCAAUGAGGUGUAUUUGAUGUGCACCUCGCAUGCUGACCAAAUCCAAAAAUAUAUUGAUGAGCUGCGUUGGUCAGUAAACUCCCCAUUUACAAUUACCACUGUGGUCAGCUUAGAGCUGAGAUCUGUUGGAGAUGCUAUGAGAGAUUUGGACAACAGAGGCCUUGUUACAGGUGACUUUUUACUCGUUUCAGGUGAUGUCGUCACCAAUGUUGACUUUCCUAAAGCGUUGGCGUUCCACAAAAGUAAGAAAGCUCAGGACAAGGAUCACAUAAUGACUAUGGUACUUUCGGAGGGAAGUCCGCUACACAGAACCAGAACCAAGCUCGAUCCUGCCGCUUUUGUUCUUGAUAAAGUCUCCAAUCGUUGUCAUUACUACCAGGCCCUCCCUAGAGCAGAUGGUAAACCGUCUGCCAUCAAUAUUGACCCUGAGAUUUUAGAUGACAUUCAGAACGACUUUUCCAUCCGUAAUGAUCUAAUCGACUGCCACAUCGAUAUCUGUUCCCCAAUUGUGCCUCAAAUUUUCCAGGAGAACUUUGACUAUCAGACCUUGCGAACAGAUUUCUUGAAGGGUGUCUUGACUUCAGACUUGUUGAAGAAAAGUAUAUACGCUUAUCUUCUCGACGAGUCUGAGUACGGUGCUCGUGUGGAGAGUUGGUCUACAUACUCCUCGAUUUCACAAGAUGUUUUGGCCCGUUGGUGUUAUCCGUUGACACCAGAUGCUAAUUUGGUCGAUUCUUCUUACAGUUACGAAUUUAACCACAUCUACAAAGAGGACAAAAUCAUUUUAGCCCAAUCCUGCCGUAUUGGCAACAGUACAUGUAUUGGCGCAAACACUUCAGUGGGUAAUAAUUCCGCUGUGUCAAAGUCCGUUAUUGGUCGCAACUGUCGAAUUGGUGCCAAUGUUAAGAUUCUCAAUUCUUAUGUGUGGGAUAAUGCUACAAUCGAAGACAAUGUUACUAUCGAUAGCUCUAUAAUUUCUGGUAACAGCAUCAUCAGGAGCGACGCAGUUCUCAACAAAGGCUCCGUUGUUGGCUUUGACGUUGUGAUAGGUGCUGGAAUGGAAAUUCCCGCAUCUACGAGAAUUGUCGACAAACCCUUGGUAAAGGAUGAUGAUUUCUUUGAGACGUUCAGCUCAGAUAGUGAGUCGGAAGAGGAUGAUUUGACUGUCAAGGCUGGAACUAAACAAAAUGACAUUGAAUAUGUGGGUGAGGAUGGUACAGGUGUUUUGUACAUGUCCGACAAAGAACUCGACGAAGACUCCGAACUGGAAAACAAUUCUGUCACCAACUACGCAGGCGUGAUGUAUCAGCUUUCAACCUUGAAUCUCUCCGACGACUCCAUCGCCUCUAUCACAAAGCACAAAACUAGAAAGCGGAGAGCUUCCAAGAAUAGAAGAUUGUCGAUCACUUCUUUUGUUUCCACUGAUUUUGAGGCUGGUGGCUUCUCGGAUGAUGAAGAAGAAGAGGAUUUCACGAAGGAAGGUAUCGCUACCGUAGAAAGAUCGAUCGAGCAAAAUCACGACAUCGACACUGCAGCUCUAGAGCUCAAUACCUUGAAAAUGUCAAUGGAUGUUACACACCACGAAGUGAGAAGUGUUACAGUUAGAGCUAUGAUCAAACGUAUUGUGCACUUUGUAUCCACUGAGACGUUGAAUGCAAUUAUGGCAACCAAUAAGGUCUUUGGCACCUGGAGUGGGUUGUUCCGCCGUCAAACAUUUUGUGAAGCCGAUAGAGUGGACUUGAUCCAGAUAAUACAAAGUGUAUGUGCCGAAUUAGACACAAGCUAUGGCCAUGAAGUGCUUUUCGUCGCGCUUAGGAAUUUAUACGACAAUGAUUGCAUUGGUGAAGGAGACAUAUUCAUUUGGUGGGAGAGCCCAGAAUCACAGGCUUCAGAAGAUUUGAUCCGGGUUCGCAGUUUGACAGAGAAGUUUGUUGUCUGGUUGCAAGAAGCAGAAGAGGAGGACUCAGAUUAA